CUCGACUCUCUCAUCUUGACUGCAAAUCUCUCCAACAUGUCCAUCAAGAACGUCAUCAUCAUCGGCGCGGGCGGCAACCUCGGCCCCUCCAUCUUGGAUGCCUUCCUCAAGACGCCGGCCUUUAACACAACUGUCCUUUCUCGUGAAGGCUCCAGCUCGACAUUUCCAUCUGGCGUCAAAGUGAUCCGCGCAAACUACGACUCGGCCAAAAGCCUCAAGGCGGCAUUCCAGGGACAAGAUGCUGUGAUUUCACUUGUCGGCGGCACGGCCCUCGGAGACCAGAACAAGUUGAUUGAUGCGGCCAUUGCAGCAGGCGUGAAGCGCUUCCUCCCUUCAGAGUACGGAAGCGACACAACCAACAAGCGAACUCGUGAAAUUGUGCCCGUAUUUGAGGCCAAGCACGGCACCGUCAACUACCUGAAGAGCAAGGAGGGUGAGAUUAGCUGGACGAGCAUAGCCACGGGACCAUUUUUCGACUGGGGCCUGAAAGUUGGCUUCCUGGGCUUCGACCAAGCUUCCAAGACAGCGACUCUGUAUGAUGGAGGCGAGGCGACCUUCUCUGCCAGCAACCUCAGCCAGAUUGGCGCUGCCACGGUCAAGGCGCUCGAGCAUGCGGACCUGACCAAGAACCAGUUCAUCUACAUCAGCGGGUUCCAGACGACACAAAAGGACAUCCUGGCAGCAGCAGAGAAGGUGACUGGUGCCAAAUGGACGGUGAAGAAUGUCAGUGUAAAGGAGCACAUAGCAGAAGGGACUGCCAAGCUCCAAAAGGGAGACUACUCUGGCAUUCCAGCCUUGAUCCAGGGGGCCAUGUUCAGCAAGGACGAGCCGCUGGGCGACUUCUCGUCGUUGGGUCUCUGGAACGACAAGCUUGGCGUUCCCAAGGAGGAUUUUGAGGAGACGGUUCGGGCCAGUCUUGGGUAGUGGGCCAGGGUGUAGUGUAGACUGCUCGUAGCAUAGUACGCCAAUGUAUCCGAAAGCGGUUC